AUGCCGACCAUCCGCAGAGUCCAGCCGUCGGACUUGUUCCAUCUGAACCUGUGCAACCUCGACCCGUACACGGAAAACUAUGACCUGAACUUCUAUCUGACAUAUCUGAUGAGAUGGCCUUCGCUGUUCCAAUGCAUCGAAGAGCACGGCCAAAUUGUCGGCUAUAUCAUCGGCAAAGUAGAGUCGUCGCCUGCUCAUUUGAAAGGAACACCACAUUACUUACCGUGGCAUGGUCACAUCACGGCCCUGUCCAUAGCACCACAAUAUCGGCGGUUAGGGUAUGGGAAACUCCUCAGCGAGUCGCUUGAGAAGGCCUGCAACCAACAGGACGCCUGGUUCGUCGACCUCUUUGUUCGGAGGAGCAACAAAAACGCCAUCAAAAUGUAUCAGAGCAUGGGCUACUCGACGUACCGCACUGUGGUCAGGUAUUACUCGGAUGAUCCGACUGGAGUCUCGAAGGACGGAGAGGAUGCGCUAGACAUGAGAAAGCCUCUUGAUAGAGACAAGGACCGAGUCCAUGUCAGGGAGAACGGGGAGAGUUUCAAGGUCGAUCCGGAGGACGUCUUUUGA